CGAAGCCGUGGCUGACAAGGAAGCAGCUUGUUCUUAAAUGGUUGACUCAGUUUGUUUUGGUGGAUCUCCAAAUCGCCAUUUCUUCUCCUCUCAGCUACAUGCAAAGAUGGUAGCUCCAACCAUUCCAUCGUGGUUGCUACCUAACAUAUACUCGGCCUCUCGAUUUGACGAUUCCGCACCUCCCUCAUGGCAUGUGGUCUUCAUCUGUCCCAUGGAGGACGCGGAACGCGUGGCAGCCCUAACCAAGCUCUGCUCCGUGGAUGAAGACUGGGUAGAUCGACCCUCGACGAGAAUGCGACGUCUAGUAGAGAUCCCCUGGCUGAUGGAUCGUCUGCCGCAAGUAUCAGUCAUUUUUGACAUCAUCAACAAUGAUCCUUUGAUCUUCGUUGACGACCAAUCGCGCAAAGACGACACGGCUAUCAUCGCCUGGAAGGCAUCUAAGGACUCCGUCCCCGAGGCUGCGCGAGUGCCCUUCAAUCGGACCAACCUGCUUUUAAGUGUCGUCGCUGGUGGUGGAACAAUACCAUCAGAGUACCCUCGGAUUGUACCAGAGAUCAAGCCAGAACGGGCCAUCAAGGCCGCCCUCCCCCCUCAUUUAGCAGGGCUACGCCUCGACUCAUCCACUCCGACUCUGAUCUCCCUCAUUCACCUCCCUGCAGUUGUCCAGGAGAACCUCAAAGCCCUGAUGCCACAUGCAGUGACCAUCCGCAAUUGGCCCGAGCACACAGAGCCAUGUUCCCACGCCCAACUCUACCGCAUGUUCCAGGCGAUCAAGAUCUCCCACCCCGGGAUCGACGAGGCCUUUGCCCUCUUCAUCGACGAGGACUGCGAGGGCUACCACGUCGUCGCUGCCGAAGGCGCCAGCGCCUACCGGUCAGACCCCCGAGAUAAAAGACUCUCGCUGGCGGUCUGCCCCUUUGACAAGGUCCAAGACUUUUGGACAGCCGCCUUCCAUCCAACGAGCCAGAUCCCUGCCUUCUUGCCCGACGGGCCCUAUCGCUACAACCCCGCCAUGUAUUCGAUGCGCAACUGGGGCGGGGAGCCCAUCGUCGACCCGGACGAUAUCGCCGGCAGCAUUGACCACAACCUCAUCUUCAUCCUCGAAGCUAUGACCCCCUCCGAGCUUCGCAAGAUCCGCGCGGAGUUGUUCCCCGCUCCCGACCAGGAGUACAUGUGGGUCGACGUCUCCGAUCGUCUCCCUUCGCCGGAUAUGCAGGGCUUGCUGGCGUACUUUGAAUCCGAGGAGUUUGAGGAACACCCCCCGCCGCGCGAAUUUCUGGCGAUUGAUCGGAAGACGCUCGAGGUGGCGCUGGAGCCAGCCGACGAGCGCGAGGACUGGGAGGCGAUCAUCGUCGCUUCAAAUGAGGGCGGUGAUGUCUGGUUCGAUGACGAUAAGAAUCGUGCGUUCGGGCAUAUCUCGACUGGGUAUGGUUAUGGUCGGAUGAACCUUGAGGAGGCGGAGAUAGCUCAUACAAAUCUGAGUAUUCAGAAUAUGAGCUGGGAUGAGCUGUGCUCGGAUGGCGAGGUGGUGUAUUGGAGUGCGUACCGGACGUGGGCGGAGAGGAAUAUGGGCGAGGAGACGUUUGCGCGGUCGUUCGGUCCAGAGGGGGUGAGAGUUGCUCGGCAGUGAGGUUCGAGUGCGGGAGAAAUGAUUCGAUAGUCAGAGAUAAGUGAUUCUGAUACUUCUUUUACUCCGGAGAAUCACGGUAGUAUCUGCUAGCUCGGUCGGUUCGUGGAUAUGUCCACGGUAUUUUACUUUCAUUCUACUUAGGAGUAUCCCUAUGAAUAGCAUUCAAGUUGUUGGAUUGCACUUCGCGCGAGGCGUAUGAUCAUCAACCUGUUCUUAUGUUGAGGUCUGAAGGACCACCGCCUCCCACCGAACAAGGCAGUGAGUCAAGACCUUAUGAGUGAGAGAAUUGUCCGAUGCCUUACCUCAUCCUCCCAUCUCUCUUGAUGUCGCCCGAGAAAGUCUUCAGGCAAGA